UGAGUUUACUUUUCUUUACAAGAGGGUGACGAUUAGACAAGGAUAUGAUACAUAGCCACAGGCUUGAGGCAAAUGAGAGUAUAGGGCUUAAACUGGUGUUAAUGGCAUUAGCUAGUCUUGAGUUGAGGGUGAUUGGAUCAAGGACAGCGUUGGUAGUGCUGCAGUCAUACAGAGUGGGACAGUUACUAAUUGGAGAGAGCGCAUUUGCAGGAUAGCGAGACUUCAGGAAUAUUGUUUGGUCUGUACCAGUUGAUAGUUGCACUCAUGCAAAAGUCCAUCUGGAAUAACAUUUUUGAGGAGAUAGUGUUGGUUUUGUUCUGAGGUGAAUCCUUUGUUGUUGAGUAUGGGAAAAGCCAGGAGAGGUGUUAGUCCUGGGCUGGAGGAGGAGAAAGCUGUUUUUCUUCACAAUAGAAUGGAAGUAACCCUGUUGUCGGAUCAGUUGACCAAGCAACUGACUGAUCUAGUAGAUAACUUCACACUCCUUGACAUACUAAGUAAGGAAGAACAGGAAGACGUACUCAACAAUAAAAUUGAUGACAUCAAAAAGAAAAAUGAAGAACGAGCUCGACGUCACCAGGAAAUAGAGGCAGAUAAGAAGCUAGCAAGUAGUACUGGGUCUAGUGUUACCAGUCCACCUUCAAGUACUUGUUCCUCAUCAAGUGGAUCAUCAUCAUCAUAUCAAUCACCUAGUCAAACUAACACCACCAGCAGGAGUGCAAACUCAUCUCCAUCACCAGCUACUCAGCAGCAGCAACAACAACAAAGACUGCAAGCAAGAUCACAACAAACUGCUUCUCCACUCUCCCAUCAACUUGCAGGACAGGUCUUGCCGUCGUCUGGUACCAAGCAGCAGGGUAGGAGGGGUGAUACAUCAUCACCUUUGACCUUGAAUAAUCAGUCUACAUUACCUACAGAGGGGGUAGUAGGAGCCAGACAGCAGCGUCUUGUAGAGCAGAGGAGUAACACAUCCUCACCUUUCUCAGAAGCAUCAGUCGGCAGCGUAGGAGAGAAAAAUCUAGAAAAGAUGGCUGAACCAAAGCGGACCUUGUCUAGCCCAUCUGAAGAUCAGCCUCGAUAUGAAUUCAUCAACAUAGAGCUUCUGAAUGCAGGGCGAGGCCUAGGCUUUGGUCUAGUAGGUUCACAUGGAAUAGGUGUGGUUGUGAAGACCAUUGUAGCUGGAGGAGCUGCUGAACAGGAUGGUCGACUUGACAGUGGGGACGUUGUGGCUCAGAUCAAUGACAUCAAUCUAGAAGGGAAGACAAGAGAUGAGGUGUACAACAUUCUUAAAGGCACAGUAGGGAUGGUACGACUUAAAGUCAAACGGAAGGUGGCACAGUCUGGUAGAGCUCAGAUGAAGAAAGAUGCACAGCAAGCUAGGAAGGAUAAAAGGCCUACUUUGAUUGUGACCUUUCCAAACGACUGCUCUCCGGUUAUAGAAAGCCCUCGACACAAGAUACACAGCCCACCGCAUCCUGAGGGAUCUGGAGGUCCAAUGGGAGAGCAAGGUCAAGGUCAAGGUCAAGGAGGGCGUGGUAGAGGAAGAGGUCGAGGGAGAGGAGGUAGAGGAAGAGGUGGAGGAGGCAAUGAUGGAAGGAGUGUCAAAAUGGGAUGGGAAGAAAACAAAGGACAGCAGGAUUAUACUUCAAAGAGGAAAGAAAACUAUGACAGAGUAGAAGCUGAGAUCCAGGCCAUGAGGGAGGAAUAUGAGAGAGGGAAAGCAUCUGGGAAUGGAGACCCUAGCCAAGCCCAUCAUCAUCAUCCCAGAUCAUCACAGGGGGGCUUUCUAGAUGAUCCAGGGCGCUAUGGUCCUCAGCAGCCAUACCAUCAGGAGCAUCAUCGGGGGGAUACAGAUAGACAUGAUGGUAACAGGAGGAAUCAAAGGAGCUGGGGAGGACCUACAAUAGAUGAUGUGAGGAGCAGUAUGACAAGAAGUAGAGGCAGACCUCCCAGGAGACAACAGUAUGGCGCACCACGAAGCAAGAUGGAGAUGUCCAUGUCCAUGACAGGCAAGGAGAGAAGGGAUUAUGAAGUUUGGAGGAAGGAGAGGGAUGAAGUAGAACAGCAAAGGAUGUCAAGACAGAAGGAAUCAUCCGGAGAAUGGAGGAGAGAGUGGGAUAGAGAGAAAGUACCAGGGGAUUCGUGGGACGAUCAUAGGGGAGGCCAUCAACAGGGAAGAGGAAAUUAUUAUGGAGAUGGCCCGCCCAGAGGAUAUAGAGGUCGUGGGAGGGGUCAUGGGAGAGGCAGAGGUCGUGACUUCAAUAAUCCCAAUGACCGAAGAUCACAGGAUUCUCCACCACAGGGAUCACAGACAUCACCCCCACAAGCAUUGCAGGCACAUGCAUCGCAGCCACAUGCAUCGCAGCCACAGUCAUUGCAGCCACAGGUAUCGCAGCCACAGGCAGUGCAUCCACAAGCAUCGCAGCCACAAGCAUCGCAGCCACAAUCUGAUGAAGAGAAGCGGGUAGAUCCGUUGUCAGGACCAAUAGGACAGUGGCAAGCCCCAGCCAGGGUGGAUAACUGGGAGAUGGAGAUCUCUCCCAAGAGUAAAACAGAAAGUUGGCUGGCAUCAACAGAUUCGGACAAGCCAAGUGAAGCCUUGGGUGUAGCCAUUGGACAGUGGGAACCUCCCCCACCUACUAGCGCUGGUCAGGUUGAUGUACCAGUAGAAGAUCAAGUUGUCCAGCCGCAGCCGCUGUCAGCGGAGAUCAGUGCACGUAAGAUGGCUGAUGGAGGAGUAGAUCAGUGGCCUGCUUCCACAGGCCAGGUCUGGAAUGGCACCAGCUCGCAUGCUGGUAAGCCAUCCUCUAGAAAAGAGAAUGAACUGAGGUUGGACCAUCUACCAGAACCCUCUGGGUUCUCAAGCCCAACCUCACCAGGCAGUCGGUCAUCAGCAAGUCUUCCAACACCAACGCAUAUAGACUGGGCGACAUGUGGAGGAGACAGUGGGGAAGCAGACUAUGGCAUGUGGAAGGCUCCUGAAGAAGAAUCAGCCUUUUCAUAUAACUAUCACCCAUCAGAGGCAGAUUCAUGGCAGCAAAACAAAAGUAGUGAAGUUGAUGCUUUGGUUCCUUCGACAGGGAUAUCAGGUUCUGAGGCAGAUGGACAAACUAAGCAAUCAGAUAUUGGACCCCAAAUUGAAGGUGAACAUGUAAGUCAAAGUGAGCACAUAGGUGAUAGCAAUGAUAAUGAUCAGUCUGAUGUUCAAGUGGGUAACCCUAGGACACCUAGCCAGGAUCCUGCUCAAGAUGAAUGUGAGGACACAGAGGCAGAUCAGGCAGCAGAGAGUGGGUCUGGAGAAGGUACAUCACAAAGAACUGUAGCACCAUGUGAGACUCCACUCCAAGACGCUCCAGAGAGUGAAUCAGCUGAAGGUGAAGCUCAGAGAUGGACAGCUGAGAGUGCAGUAGCAGACUCCCAUGAUGCACCUGAAGCCGAAGCUGCUGCUGAGGAUAAUAAAACCUCUGCAACUGACUCCAGCACAAAGGAGGAAUAAGCAGUCACUCAUGUAUGAGCCUUCAAUGUGCAUUGGAAAUUGUAAAUGAAGAUAGAAAUGUUAUUCUUGUGUUUUUGGUCUUCCAGAAAGAAGCAAAGGAACAGGUGAUGCAGUGAAUGAAGUAAGAUUUGCCGUUACCCGAUUGUUGCUAAGAUUGAAACAUUGGCGCCUGCAUGAUUUGCAUGAAUGAAUGCUUUAAUACCAAACUAAUAUAACUCACAUGGCAAGCAUGCUUCAUGUAGAAACAGUAGCCUGGAAAGAGAUGGGUAACGUGACAAGCACUGCAUCAAUCAAGCCCUGCAAAAUGAUGUAGGAUGCAGCCAGUUCUGUUGCUAUGGCAAUGAACAUGAAACAGGUUACUAGAGUGCUGGAGGGAGAUUUCAAGGAAGAGCCAGCAAACUUGGAUGACUUGUGAAAUUAGAUUGAGCUCUCUCUGUUCAAUCUCAUAUUACUUCAUUAGUGUUUGUUUUGAUAGAAAAAUGAGUUACAUUAAGUUUGCUGGUUAUUUUUUUACUUCAAAUUCUGAUUCUGUACAAUGUUUAGAGAAUGAUCCUUCAAACUGAACUCACUUUGUUUUGACAUUUUCCAUUUGUGGAGCUUUUAUUAGAAAUUUGAUAUAUGACAUUAAAAGGUCUGCUUUCCAUUGACAAGCUAACUGUCAGGGUGAAAGAGUAAUGUGAGAACACAUUAUCCUUACUUUGCUGUGAGUGUUUUAAAGAUAUAGAGCAUUUAAAUAUUGAUUUGAUGCAAGUUGAUGCUUCUCAGUUGGAAGGAUCUAUAUAUCAUCAAUCUGCAUGACUAGUCACAUGUUCGGUCAUUGUUGCAUGGGUUUAGACUGUUUGGAUAGGAGUGUUUCUAUACUUUCUUGAAGAUAUGUAUAACCAGUAAAUAUAUUGUGCCUACCCCUUGUGAAUACAGACAUAUAUAUGAAUUUAUUAUUUCUUUUGAAUUCUUACAUAUCUAUACAUUUUUCUUUAUUUGAAUUUGAAUUUGAAUUUUAUUGCAAUUUAAUGAUGUAAGUAGUAUUUUAAACAAUGUACAUUUGGCUUGAUAAUGAUUUUAUAAUCGCUGUUAAUAACAGAUUUCAGAGUGAUUUUGAUUAUAGCUACAUGCAUGAGGUUGAGGGGUAGAAUGUUUGUCAUCAAAGUAGAAAAGUAAAUUAACAAUGUGAAAUUGUUAAGUGCUAAUGUUUUAAUGUAUAGUUGUAUCCAGAACUUCAUAUUAAAUCACAAAUUAAUGGCAGCAUUAUUAGAGGAUUUCUCCAAGACUGAUAGGUCUCAAUUGAGGCAAGGAAAGUCUUUUACAUGAAUUGAAUUGAAUUUAUUGCCAUGCACAAUUAGGAUCUAUUUGCCUGCAAUCAUUUCCUGUAAAGUACCUGUACAUGUUCAGAUGAUACUUUAUUCUAAAAAAUAUCAUUUAAAUCGUUUCCAAGGCUAAAUUUCAACAAUUAAUGCUCUCAUAAAAUGCUCUCAUAAAAUGGCUAAAUGUCAUUUAAGAUGUCAACCUGUUAGUAGGAAAUCAGUCUCACCCACUAAAGGGGCAGGUGAGACAGACUAAGUAAUCCAAGUGAUGUUUUUCCGUUGUCCGCCCUAAGUUCAUGCCCAAAGGUCAUUACCCCCAAACUCUCUUAUGACCAGAAACUUUGCAUGCAUUGUAACUAGUGCAAGCAAACCUUGGUCAGUCAGGGAUGCUCUUUGAUGACCCUCACAGGGGGGUGUGACACAAUGUGGCUGCUGCCUCCAUUUAAGUUUAAAGUCUAUAAUAGGCACACACAAAUAUGGUGCUUUAUCAAAUAUAUGCUAAUUCCUUUAAAACCAAUGCAGUCAUAAUUUAGAAUGGUAAUAGUGACAUUGUCAUCCAAGCUACCAUUCUCAAAGGAUGAAAUCCUUCAAUCUGCAAGAAAGAGAUUCCAUAUUAACUUUCAUUAUCACAAUAAUUGAAAAUGUAUAGAGAAGUAAAACAACACCAAUUAUUUACUUUUGAUGUAGAGCAUGUUUUAAGCUCUCGACAUCUGUGAUACAUGGGGACAUUUCUGUCUUUGCAUUUUUGUUGUUGUAAAGAGAACAAUUUGCAAAUUUUCUGUUUUGUAUGAAAAGGUGAUUUCCAUACUUAGAAGCUUACUGUUUCUCCAGUUCAAGAACAUAUAAUAUAUUUUUUGAGUGUUUAUGAAUCAUUUUGUGAGUGUAUUUUUUUUCUUCAAAUAAUUGUACAUGUAUAUUGAUCUUUUAAAAAUUGAAUUGUAAACUUAAUGUAAAGUAUUUUUAUAACUUGAAAAUGAUGCAUCAAAACAUUGAUAUUCGAUAAAUGAAUUUUAUGCUCAGUGGAUUUUUCCAGGGAAAACUGACAAAACACACACAAAAAUAUAUGAAAACAAAAAAAGCUUUAAAAAAGUUAUAGUGCUGUAAAAAAAAAAAAAAAGGAGAAAAGAUGAAGAGUGAUAUUUCUUUUUGCACCUGUAUGAAUCAUUAUAAGAAUAACAUUGUAUAGACAAGUGUUUUAUCUGUUGAUUACACAUGGUUUGUUUGUGUAAGUUUUAACCUACCUUUCUUACCAUCUUGAUCAUUAAUAUUACUCUGAGGAAGGAACCUACCUAACCCCAGAAAAAGACGAAUAUCAUAAGCUGGCAUCCAUAAAAGACCAUUAAAGUAAGAUUGAUCUCUGAAACCAGGUUCAUAUCGAUUGAUAUUAUGCCCAUUAUACACAUUGCAUCAUUUUGACUGCAUCUUCACAAGACUAUGAAGGCCCAGUAAGUCAGCUUUUUUGAAAAAAAUUUGAUUUUAAUCAGGUCCUUGCUUUUGCAUUGCCUUUAAGCAUCAAAAUGGCUUUGCUAAAGCUUCAAAUAUAGAUAUGUGUACAUGUAUACCAUUAUAUGAAAUGUGUCACCCUCUUUUAGCAAGAAAAAUGACUGUUGACCUACAUGUAUAACCUUUAAACUUGGAAAAUAUAGGCCUCUAAUACAUUGUAAUUGUAACCUAAAAAUAUUCACUACAUCAGAUGUUGCAUUAUGAUUUCCUAUCAUACAUUAUAAUCUUCAGUGAAUAUGUUUCAUUGCGUGAUACUGAUAUAAUGAGCAUGUCAAUACCUGUAUAAAAAUGUUUUUUAAAGGAUUUGUUUGUAUGUCUCACAAACACCAUGUUAUGAGUUGCCCUUGUGAUUCUGUAUCAUUCAGAUUUAUGUUAUGUGUUUAUAUUUUAUUUCAAAAGUCUGCUCAUUGGAUUUUUAACUUUAAAUAUUUUUAAUAAAAAGUGUUUUCAACCAAGUUUUAUAUUUGUUUUAAGACAUAGACUAAAGGUAUAUGGUUGAAUAAAGUGGAAAAGGUGUACAUGAAUUGGACAAAAGGGUUUACAGAUUUUCAAGGCAAUUCAUAUUAUGGUGUGCAGAUUAAAGUUUAGCUGUGGAUGUUAAGAAGGGAAUAUUAGACUAAUAGCUAGUCACUCUACAUUAUCGUUCAGAAUAAUAACUGAGGAUACACAUGUAUGAUUAUGAAAGAACACAAAUCUUGUGAUCUCCCCUACCACAUAAAAAUAUUGUGCUCUAUGAUAUGUGUUAGACAAUGGGAACACAUUUGAAAUCUGAAAGUUUUUCUUAUUGUCUGUAUGGGAACAGACCUUGUGAUUUUCUCCCUGACCGACCGCCCUAAGUCUGACACACUGUGAAUGAGUUUCAAUGGGCACACUUUCAUACAUGCACAUACAUUGUUCUCUCUAUUGUGACUGAAUGAGCAUACUGUUAUCUCUCUAUAAUCAACCUGGUACUUAGACAAUGUGAUUCUCUUCGACUAAAAUAGAUUUGAAUCAUUAUGAAACAUAGUGUUAUAAACCCUUCCAAAGUCUCUCUCUGAUUGCUCUGUGCUAAACACACUGUAAUCUUUUCUGUGAUUAUGUGCUGUAAAUCUCCCUGGUCCAACAGUAUUAUAUACACUCCAUGUAUCCAUCCAAUCGUAUGAAAGUAACACAAGUCUACUCUGUCAUUGGUUUAUACUCUUUUUGACAGACUUUUUUAUCUUCAGAAAUGAGGAUGUAUUUUCUUUCUUUCCCUUUUCUUUUUUCUAACAGAUCAAUAUUUUCAUCUGGCUUGUGAUAUACAUUGUGUACAUGUACUCAUUUUCACAAGUGAACUGUUUUUUUGAUAAAAAUGCAGUGAUUUGGAAGAUUAAAGUAUUGAUUAGAAUAUACAAUGUUGGGCUAUUGGGAGGUAUUUGUUGUGUUUUUUCAAUAAAGAUUCAUAAUGCACAGUUUGCUAGUACAUAAAUCCACAGUGUACAAUGUGAAAAGUUUGAGCAUUUUGCAAGACAUAUUUGCACAAAAGUAAACUAAUCUGGAAUGACUCUUUAUAGUCAAGAAACUAUUGUUUGAGAGGUCUUUUCAUAUAGACAGAUAAUGUGAUAAGGAUGUGUACCCGCUUGUAUGUGUAAUCCAUCUUUCUUUACAAUCCUAUUAGUAUCUUCUGGCAAGUUGUUGCAAAUUAUUGCAAAUACUUGACUAUGUAAUUACAACUUAUCCGUGGCGUGUAUAUGAAUGAUCUCUAAAUAAAAUUGGUUUACAUUUGUGAAACUUUA